AUGGAGCAAAGGGUGGAGGAAAGUUGUACGGGAAAUAGAGUAGGGAGAGGAUUACAGAGUUCUUUUGAGCCUCACCUGGAGCAUCAAAGAUUCCAUUGCAGUGAGAGCCAGGGAUCUAGGGAGCAGAUUGAUGUUGAAUCAAAAGACUUAUCAUCCAAGCAUGUUAAUCAUGAGGAGCAGCUUUUACGACUGAGUGAGGAGCCAAGAGGCUUUAUUAGUAGGAUGAGUGAAGGGAAGGAUACCCCUCAGGUGGCAGAAGAGAAUCAUUGGGAUGCAGGGCAACCUUCUAAGGGGCUUCAGGACCAUAUACAAGUCAAAGAGAAUAAGGAGGCCCAAUUUUUUGAUCCGAAAACAACAUUGGAUGACUUCCAGCAGUCUGUGUUGAUGGUAAAUGAGCAAAAAUCUAGAAACCUGCAUACAGAGGUAGGAGGAACGAACAGUAGCGCCCGUCUAACAAUAAAGGAAGAGCUGAAUUUGCUUUUCGGUAAAAAUGAGCCUCAACUAAGCCAACAACUCAAUGAGAAAGUACAGGAACAAACAAACAGGAGGACAGAUACUAUAUGUCAAAAUGCAGAUCAGUUGUGGAGUUACAGAGAAAAACCAAAAAUGAAAAGAAUUGUCACUGCAGGUUCCAAGACCAUAAUUCAGAGGAUGGCAAAUGGUGAGGAGUAUUUCGUUGAGCUAUCGGAGGAUCAACAUGAAAUGGAACAUGAUAGCGGUGCAAUGCCUCAGCAGAGUACUGUUUACCAGUGGGCUUCGGAGCUGGCUUUCAACUUAGGGGUACACCUGAACCUCAAAAGAAAGAGAGAUCUAAUCAUCAACUUAGAUUAUGGAGAUGAUAUGAAGGAAGCUAAGGAAAUUUGUGUGCAACAACCAGUUUGGGAGGCUACUUUUGUUUAUGGUCACCCGGAUUACAAGAAAAGGAGGGACUUGUGGAAGGAAUUAACUUUUGUGAGUAGCAAUUUGGUUCAGCCAAGAAUGUUGAUAGGUGAUUUUAAUGAUGCUAUCUCACAAGAUGAGAAAGUGGGUUUGCAUCCUAAACCAACUAGUCAGAUAGAAGCCUUUAGGAAUUUUGUAUAUGAGAAUGCUCUUUUUGAUUUGGAACUACAAGGAAUGAAAUAUACGUGGUUUAGUAAUCCAAGAAAUGGUUGUGUUACUAAGGAGAGACUUGAUAGGGCUCUUGUCAAUUGGGAAUGGAGAAGAGUUUUUGAACAUGCUACGCUUUCAGCCUUACCACAUAUUAGCUCAGAUCAUUGCCCUCUAGUUCUCAAUGUUAAACCUAGAGGUAGAAGGAUCAAGAAUUAUAAAUUUGAGGCAUAUUGGGUGGAUCAUGUUGACUGUGAUACUGUUAUAAGGAGAGGAUGGACUGCUGCUGCUAUAGGAGCUAAUCAUUGGACAGAUCUGAAUCGGAAGAUCUUAAAUUGUAAGAAGGAACUGAAUAAAUGGAGUAAAGCUACUUUUAAGAGGGCAGAUAUCGAAAUACAAAAUUUAAAGUUUCACCUCAAGCAGAUGCAAGAAGCUGAUUUUACAGAGUCUCGCCAAGAUCAGAUUAACAAGCUUAAACUGGAGAUUACCAGAUUAUGGAGGCAGGAGGAGAAAUAUUGGGGUCAAAGGUCCCGAGUGAAAUGGUUGAAAUUUGGGGACAAAAACACAUCAUUCUUUCAUGCCUCUACUAUCCAAAGAAGGGAUAGGAAUAGGAUAGAGAGAUUAAAGGAUUCUGCAGGGGUUUGGGUGUGUGGGGAAAGAUAUAUUCUCAAGCUAGCAGGUGAUCACUUUCAGAAUCUUUUUAAGGCUUUAGAGAACUUAGAUAUGGCUGCGUGUAUAAGUCAUAUUCCUGUCAGAGUAACUGAUGAUAUGAAUGAGCAGCUCAUGGAGGGGGUUACUGAUAAGGAAAUUAAAGAGGCUACUUUUAGUUUGGGAAGUCUCAAGGCACCGGGACCAAACGGUCUAAAUGGUAUUUUCUUUCAAAAGUACUGGACAGUUGUUGGCACAGAGAGUGCUUUUGUGGGAGGACGCCUGAUUCAGGACAAUUUGGUCAUAGUGCAGGAAAUGUUCCAUGCUUUGAAUAAAAAAGGGAUGAAUGCUUCUAGGAAUUUAGCCAUUAAGAUUGAUAUGAAUAAAGCUUAUGAUAGAUUAGAGUGGUCAUUUCUAGAAGCAAUUCUGAGGGCCUUUGGGUUUAAUUUAUAUUGGAUAGAGCUGUUGAUGAAGUGUGUGAGACAAGUUAGCUAUAAGAUUAAGAUUAAUGGUCUCUUGUCGUCUACCAUUGAACCGCAGAGGGAACUUAGGCAGGGGGAUCCUUUAUCACCGUACCUUUUUAUCAUAGCAGCUGAGAUUUUUACAAUUUUAAUGGAUAAGGCUAGAGAAGAGGGCAGGAUUUCGGGAGUUAAAAUUGCGCCUACUGCUCCGGCUAUCUCACACCUCCUUUUUGCAUAUGAUUGUAUUAUUUUCUCUAAAGAUAGUGAAGAGGAGAUUUUUCAGCUUAUUAAUAUUUUAAACAUGUACACCGCAGCCUCAGGACAGAGGAUCAACUUGGAUAAGUUUGGGAUCACGUUUGGGAAUCAGAUAUCUAUUAGGAGUAGAGUAGAUAUCAAAGAGAUUUUAGGUUUGUCAGCUUGGGAUAGACCAGGUAAGUACCUUGGGCUUCCGGCACACUGGGGGAGAUCAAAGAAUAGAGCUCUUAGUUGGAUUGAGGAUAAAGUGGUGGAUAAGCUAGGUGGGUGGGAACAAAAACUCCUUAAUCAAUCUGGGAAGGAAGUCCUUAUCAAAUCGAUUAUCCAAGCAAUACCUGCUUAUGCUAUGAAUGUGGUUCUUUUUCCUAAAGGAUUUUGUCAAUGUCUCAGUAAGAGAAUAGCCAAAUUUUGGUGGGCGUCUUCAGAUAAGGAAAGAGGUAUCCACUGGAAGAGUUGGGAUAAGAUUUGUGUUAGUAAGAAGGAUGGAGGGAUUGGUUUUAAGGAUUUAUAUAGUCAGAAUAUAGCGCAUUUGGCUAAGCAGGCGUGGAGAAUAUUAGAUAAUCCUAAUGCAAUAUGGGUUCAGGUACUGAAAGCUAUUUACUAUCCAAAUAAAGAUUUUAAAGAUGUUAAGGCUGGCAAGGCAGCCUCAUGGAUGUGGAAGAGUAUUAUUCAGGGUAGGGACUUUCUUUUGAGGAAUGGAAGAUGGUUGAUAGGGAAUGGUAGCAAAGUGAGAAUUGAGGAGGACAGGUGGAUUAUGAAUAUGGAUAAGAAUGUUAUCAUUAGGAAUAAUGAUAUCAAGUUUGUCAAGGAUCUGAUUGUUGAGGGUGAGGGGUGGAAUAUGAAUAAGUUACGGAUGUAUUUUGAUGGAGCUUUGGUCGAUAAAAUCAUUAGAACACCAGUAAGUCUUUUUGGAAGGGAGGAUAAGUUUAGCUGGCCUUUCAGAUCGGAUGGUAUGUACACUAUCAAGUCGGGUUAUCAUGUUGCUAGGAGUGAAGGCAGCUUGGGUAGUAAUAAUAACCCAUCUACCAGUGAUGAUUUUAGGUUGUUGUGGCAGGAGAUUUGGAAGUUAAGAGUUUCCCAAAAAAUUAGAACCUUUUUGUGGCGAGCUUCGCAUAACAUAUUACCUGUCUUUGGAAAUCUGUUUAAUAAACGAGUCACUAACACCCCUUUGUGUCCUAUUUGUCUGCAGGAACCAGAGACCAUAGAACAUGCAUUGUUACUCUGUCCCUGGACUAGAGCAGCAUGGUUUGGAGCAUAA